CUUGAUUACAUUCAGCAAUUAGACAGUAAAACACAGCAUUAGACUGUUUAGGGUCCUGUCCAUGCCAUCCAGUGUGACAUUGUGAAAAUCGUGUACUUUUUUAUUAUUGUUUGUUUUUUUGUUACAUGUGCAACAACAUCUGUUAUUAAAAAUGUUCGCAAAACUCCUAACCAUCACGCUAACGCUGACCGUCGCGUACGCAGCAGAUACCAAACUUCCCGACCAGAAGAACACUACUGAUGGGAACUUCAAGGCUUUCACUGAUGUCGACCCCAACGACCUUAGCUGUGACCCUGCUGGACAGGUCUUCUUACUCCUGCCCCACUUCACGGAUUGCUCCAAGUUCUUCAUGUGCGCUCACGGUGAGGAGGUGGAGUUCAGCUGCCCUGGAGGACUGAUCUUCGACUUCCAGUUGCAGACAUGCAACUGGCCCUGGGCUACCACCUGCCAGCUGAGGACCCCUAAGGAAGAGGAGGAAGGUUCAGGAGAUGAGGCUGACAGUCUUAUCGGCAUCUUCACUGAUGAACUGGAACAGCAACCCGUUGACAUGGUAGCGAGCGUGCGUCCCAUCUCCCCGAUGCUGGGCAGGUACAACGGCAUCAUUAACUGCAACAGAGCUGAUGCUGCAGCCACGCAGGUGCCUUACAAGGGUGACUGCCAAAGAUAUUGGAGGUGUGUGGCCGGAGUUCCUCAAGUCGCAUUCUGUUCAGAUGGCCUAUUCUUCAACUCAGCAACUCAGCAAUGUGACUUCGAAGCUAACUCCAAGUGCGUUCUCCAACAAGAAGACGAACUACAAAGCGAAUUCAUAAAAUACGAACAGUAAUUGAAUCUGCAGACUUUGAUGACUUCGUGAUGAGUAGAAGUUGGUUUGCUGAGUUGUGUUUUUGUCACUUUUCUUAUGAUUUGGU